CAAGCGUCUGAGGACAAUCAAUCGUGCUUGGGUGAUCAAGAUGUUGAUAGUGAUUCUGAUUCACAGAGGCCUGACUUGGGUGACACGCUUGCCGCUAAAGAUGCAACUACACCUCAAUUAGAAGAAACUCCAACACCCAUUAAUGCAUUAAGAUGGAAAUUGAGUCAGCAUAGCUGCCUUGGUACCCCAAAAGAUGCUAUAGAAGAAAGAUUUGACGACCAAACCUCUGCAUGCAGUUAUACAUCAUACAGACUUGUUGACAUUCAACAGCUGUCAUCUGCUGUCUUUGAUAUUCAUAAAUGUCGAAAAGGUAGGCUUCAUGAUUUUGUUUCUAACUUGUAA